AUGUCGAAACUACAGUUGUUGAAUGUAUUCGUCACCGAGCGUUUAUCCGCGGCUGCUGUGGAGAUAUUCGGGGUCGUGGAGAAGACCAUAGCGGAGUAUCAAGAAGAAGUCUUCCGUUCAGCAGAGGAGAACGAGCGUCUACGGAUGCUGUUGGACAUGGCUACCAAACCAGAGAGAACGUCACACAUAGCAGACUUCCAGCUACUCACUCCCUCUGUUCCCCCUGAGCAGCAGAACUGUGAGCAGGAGUGGAGCCCCAGUCUGGGGCAGGAGGACCCAGAACCCACACAGAUUAAAGAGGAACAACAGGAGCUCAGACUCAGUCAGGAGGAUCUACCUCAGCCCUCACAUCUGUACCAAAACCAAACUGUGGAUGACGGAGAGAGGAGCUCUCUACCUAUCAUCAUAACUGAGGAGAUCAAAACAGAAGCGGAUGGAGAGGGCUACAGAGUACCAGAACCAACCAGUGAUCAGCCCCUCUCAGUUCAUCCAGACUGCUCUGCUGCAGGGGAGAAACCAUAUCGGUGUCAACAAUGUGGCAACAGCUUCACACGUAAGGGACACUUGACCAUCCAUUCAAGGACACACACAGGAGAGAACCCCUAUCAGUGCAAACAAUGUGGCAAAAGGUUUAACCAGAAGAGCAACUUGACCAUCCAUACAAGGGUACACACAGGAGAGAAUCCCUAUCAAUGCAAACAAUGUGGCAAAAGGUUUAACCAGAAGGGACACUUGACCAUCCAUACAAGGGUACACACAGGAGAGAAUCCCUAUCAAUGCAAACAAUGUGGCAAAAGGUUUAACCAGAAGAGCAACUUGACCAUCCAUACAAGGGUACACACAGGAGAGAAUCCCUAUCAAUGCAAACAAUGUGGCAAAAUGUUUAACCAGAAGGGACACUUGACCGUCCAUUCAAGGAUACAUACGGGGGAGAGACCUUAUCAGUGCAAAGACUGUGACAAAGCCUUCAACCAGAAGAUAGAACUGACAUUACAUAUGAGAGCUCAUACAGGAGAGAGACCAUAUAUCUGUCCUGUAUGCAAGAAAGGUUACAUCGCAUUAAGCUAUUUAAGACUUCAUCAGCGUGUUCACACAGGGGAGAAAUCUUACCAGUGCAAAUAAUGUGACAAAUGCUUUGGUUAUAAAUGACGCUUGAAGUCUCAUAUGAGCACUCACACAAAAGCUUCAGCCUGAAGUGAGAACAACAAAAUAUUACUCACGUGUGAAUUUCUUGUUACAUACAACUUGUAAAUAAUUAUUAUAUUUUCUGCCACUUGACAACAAAACAAAUGUAGUUGUGUGUUAAAGGUUUUGUUUUUUCAAUUUAUGUUUUUAGGUUGGACUUUAGGAUGUAUAGCGCUUUAGCACAUUGGACGCACUGAUUUGUGUCACCUCGUUAGUCAGUAUGUGUUACAUCUGUGCUGGCCCUUAUGCUAUUUAAGAGUGGCUGGCCCAGUGCUUCAGUUGUCUUGAAUGUGGAUGUCCGGUCAACACCUUUUUAGUUGGCUCUCCCCAUUUCAUUUAUAGAAAAAUUUUCAUUUGUCUGAUCUUCCCUGUAUUUGUUUUGCUCAACCUUUUGGUUUGCUUCCUGUCUUUUAAGUUUGGUGUGGGUUUUUCUUGUGUUGGCCUCUUCUUGGGCAAAGUUAGUGGGUGCUCGUGGUGGUUGUCAUUUACGUUCCAGUUGUUGUGACUAGUCAACUUUCAGUGGAUACCCCAACGAGUGUCUUUCAGAACCCCUCCUAAAACCCUGCCUGUUUCGUUUUGGUUGUGUCAGUGACUUUGUUACUUCCCCUUCUGUUUGAGCAACGUUAUUUGGUUUUGUAGCUGAGGAAAGUAACAAUGUGUGUGUGGAGUGUAAAGCAUCAUUCACUAUCUGAUUUGUAAGCUCAUUUUGGUGCUCACUUUUUUUGGAUGCCUAUUCGCCUUUACAAUGAGGGAAUUUUAAUUAUGCUGGCCCGGGUGGGUGGAGUUUGCACCAGGUGAAAAGUGAUUGCGUCAGUUUGAGACAAUGCUGACUCACGGGUGUGAGCCAAUCACAUGACAGGCCAUAGCCCGGUGCACCGCGGUUCAGCCUAAUCAAACUCCCUCGACUGCUGUAUUUAGCACAGAGCACACAUUUGGAUUUCUGAACAAUGAGUUCUUAUUCAAUUGUUUAACAAUGACAUACAGGAUAUUUGGGCCACUAUCUUCUAUCUGUACUGAUGUUAGAAUAUUGAAGUAACCUAUUACGUCUUUGACUAUCUAUAUAAUGCAGCAAAUAAUUUGUUGUAAUAAAGUACUUUUUAAAAAAUGGAUGUCAUUCAUAUUAGAGGAUGUAUUAAACCUGCCGAUCAGCUCUAUUUCCUGCCUCCUACAACAACCCUAUCCUGACCCAUUAGGCAGAUGGGAAUGUAUCUGGGCCCGUUUUCAUAAAGCAUCUUGGAUGAGUGCUAAUCUAGGAUCAGAUCACUCCUGUCCAUUCAUUAUAAUUGAAAAAGCUAAACUUAUCCUAGAUCAGCACUCCUACUUUGAAACGCUUUGAGAAUAAAACCCCUGACCCUGUGUUGCUGGUUUGGGUCAACAUUUACCUCCUCCCAGUUGGUGUCUCCUGAGACAUGAUGAUUUUAAAGGUGCACCAAAGACAUUACAGUAUGAAGAUGGGUAGAAACUGCUUCUCCAAUAGAAAUCCCGAUCACACUUGUAGGCGAUGCAAUGGCGACAUUGGCUAGCUAAGUGAAUGCGCAGAAACGUCAUUGGGUCUUACGGUCGCCCCGCCCCGAACUGCGCAUGUGCAGGCCGUCAAAUCAAAGGCACUCUUGAAAUAAAGUUGUUUUUGACAAAUGAAAA